UCCUCUCCCGGCCCCGCCCCGCCUCGCCUCGCCCCGCCUCGCCGCGCCUCGCCCCUCCCUGCUGCUCCUUCGCUGCGGCCGCUGCCUCGGGAAAGCUAAGGGAUGAGCUGAACCUCCGCAGCUGUUACUGUCACCAGCGCUAAUCACAGGGGCUUUGGGUCUGGCCGGAAGCCCCCUUUCCUGCGCCCAGUCCCAGCUCAUUUCCUGUCCCGCUCCGCCCGCCUAGCAGCGACCUGGCUCUGCAGGCAGGCGGCCCAGCCGCCCGGGCAUGUCGGGUCUACCUGAAGAACAUUUUUCGUUAAAAGGAAAGAUGCUAUCUCCAAAUGAUAAAAAGUUAGAAAAGCUGGAUCCAUUUUAUAGACCUUCUAUGUCCAAGCAGAAGACCAGCGCAGAGAUCAUAAGUGAAGCACGAAAUGCUUUAAGAACAGUUGGGACCCAAAGACCAUUUACACCACGGGAAGACCAAAGAAAACUAUUCGGGCCUGCAUCUUCAAGAACACUGGAAAAUAGACCUCCUUCCUCCUUCAGCCUCCAUGCAUCCAGUUUUGAGUCAUCUGAUUCCAGGCCCAUCUCUGGUGCUCGUCUCUGUCCGCUAGAGCUUAAACCGAAAGCUCCGGCAUCUCCCACCACAGAGGAGGAUCCUUCCCUUGCCUUUCCCAAACCCCCAGUGGACCCUGCGAAGAUCAGAAGAAUAAGCAGUGCCCGGGCUCGCUUAUUCAGGGCGGCCUCCCAGGGGGCCCUGCUGCCUGACAGGACCCUGCCUCCCGCUGAGUCAAAGAAGACAGUGGCAUCCAAGGAAACAGUUGUGAUGGGGGACACUAUGGUGAAAAUCAAUGGGAUUUAUUUAACAGAAUCAAAUGCCAUUGGCCACUUAAAGAGUCACCCACUUCAGCUAACUUAUGAUGGAGGCUUCAGUGAAAUCAAGAAGCAAGAAAUGUUCAAAGGGACAACAGCCUUGCCAUCUCAUCUCAGAAGUGGAGGGGACCAGGGGAAGAGGCGUUCAAGAGCUUCAUCAUGUUUCAACAGCUCAGACCUGAGCAGACCUGAAACCAGAGCAGUCUCAAAAGGCGACGUGCAAGAAAAGGAAACAGAAAUAGAAGUAGAUGAAGUCUUUUGGAAUACAAGGAUCGUACCAAUUUUGCAAGAAUUAGAAAAGGAAGAAAACAUUGAAACGAUUUGUGCUUCUUGCACACAACUUCAUCACGCUUUAGAGGAAGGAAACAUGCUUGGAAAUAAAUUUAAGAGAAGAAGUGUUCUCCUGAAGACCCUAUAUAAACUAGUUGAUAUUGGUUCAGACUUGCUCAGCCUUAAACUUGCAAAAAUUAUUCUAGCACUUAAAGUGAGUAGAAAGAAUCUUCUUAAUGUCUGCAAACUUAUAUUUAAAAUUAGCAGGAGUGAGAAGAAUGACUCUCUGAUUGAAAAUGACAGCAUUCUAGAAUCAUUAUUGGAGGUCCUGAGAAGUGAAGAUCUGCAAACUAACACUGACGCUUUUUUAUACUGUAUGGGGGCUAUCAAAUUCAUUUCUGGAAAUCCACGAUUUCUCAAUGAAAUGAUCAGCAAAGAUGCUGUGGAGAUAUUGAUGAAUUUGAUAAAGCAAAUAAAUGAGAACACCAAGAAAUGUGGUACCUGUUUGCCUAACUCAGGCCACUUACUAGUCCAAGUGACUGCUACACUGAGAAACUUGGUUGAUUCACCACUAGCAAGAAGUAAGUUGCUGAGCAUCAGUGCCCUCCCCCUGCUCUGCACAGCAAUGGGACAGUACGAGGCUGACAAGGAUGUGUGCACCAAUAUUGCCAGAAUAUUCAGCAAACUUACUUCUUACCAUGACUGCUGUGUAGCCUUGGCCAACUAUUCCAGAUGUUACGCCUUGUUUUUGAAACUCAUAAACAAAUACCAGAAGAAACAGGAUUUAGUCGUCCGUAUUGUCUUUAUCCUCGGCAACCUGACAGCGAAAAAUAACCAGGCUCGCGAACAGUUUUCCAAAGAGAAAGGGAGCAUCCCGACCCUGCUGUCAUUGUUCCAUACGUUCUACAAACUGGACCUGUGUGCGGAAAAGCGGGCGGCGGGAGCGGAGCAGCCCCAGGCGCCGAGGCCGCGGGCCCAGGCGGAGGACGUGCUCAUCAAGCUGACCCGCGUGCUCGCCAACUUAGCCAUCCACCCUGGCAUCGGCCCGGCGCUGGCCGCUAACCCGCACGCCGUGGGCCUGCUGCUUGCCACGCUGGAACACAAGUCAAUUGAGGAUUGUGAGGAGCUGGUGAUCAAUGCUACGGCCACAAUCAACAACUUAUCUUACUACCAAGUGAAGAAUUCCAUAAUUCAAGACAAAAAGCUAUAUAUUGCUGAAUUGCUCAUAAAGCUUCUUGUGAGUAAUAACAUGGAUGGAAUCCUAGAGGCUGUGCGUGUUUUUGGAAACCUCUCCCAGGACCGUGACAUCUGCGAUUUCAUUGUGCAGAAAAAUGUACAUAAGUUCAUGAUUGCACUGCUGGAUGCCAAGCAUCAGGAUAUUUGCUUUUCUGCCUGUGGCGUUCUCCUAAAUCUCACUGUGGAUAAAGACAAGCGUGUCAUCCUGAAAGAAGGAGGUGGCAUUAAAAAGUUGGUGGAUUGUUUAAGACAUUUUGGUCCUACCGAUUGGCAGCUGGCCUGCUUGGUUUGCAAAACUUUAUGGAACUUCAGUGAAAAUAUCAUCAGUGCUUCAUCAUGUUUUGGAGAUGAAGACACCAACACGCUCUUAGUCCUGCUGCCAUCAUUUUUAGAUGAAGAACUAGCACUGGAUGGCAGUUUUGACCAAGACCUAAGAAACUAUCACAAACUCCAGUGGGAAACAGAAUUCAAACCUGUGGCACAGCAGCUUCUAAACCGAAUUCAGAGUCAUCACACCUUCCUGGAACCCCUGCCUAUUCCUUCUUUCUAACCCAACGCAGCUUAACAACAGAAACAGGAACAGUCUCCUUCAUUCUUGAGCAAACAGAAACAGUCUCCUUCAUUCUUGAGCAGUGGUAACAAACACGAACAUUUGUUUUUCUGUACUGGCAAAUAUUGAAAGUUUUUCAGGUACUGAUUUUAGGGAGUAGUCCAAGGAUUUUAAAAGACAUAAGCAUUUUUUUUCUCAUUAGGUAUUAUGGAAAAAUGAAUAUAAAUGUACUUUCUGCUACGAGAAAUGUAAGAUGAAAAUAUAUCCAUGGUUUUUCUAAGUAAAUGACUUUUUCUUCUAUUCUCUAGUCAAUACUUCAGUUCUAAUCUUAA